GGCGGGGCUUCCGCCAUCAUGGCGGCACCCGGGGAGGAGGAGGAGGAGGCGGCGGCGGCGGCGGAGGCCGAAGAAGGCGACGGCGACGAGAAAGCGCUCAAAAGGCUGGAGGAUUUGGUGACGGAACUUUACCGCUUCCGCGACCGCCUGCCUCAAAAAGAGCGUCCCGCCGACGCCCGCGAAGCCGACGCCCGCGAAGCCGACGCCCGCGAAGCCGACGCCCGCCCCGCCGCGACCCUUUUGGCGGACGAAAUGGAGAAAACGUUACGCCUGAUGGACGAAAUAGAAGUCUCCCCGCAGGGGCGGGGCCGGGCGUUGGUUUUACGGGCGCGGGCGCUGGGCGUGAGCCCCGCCGGGCGGGGCCGGGCGGAGGAAGCUUUGAGCCGCGCCGUCAAACUGGCGCCGGGGCUGGGCCCCGCCUGGCUGCGCCUGGGGGAGGCGCGGUGGCAGCGGGGGGACGUGGAGGGGGCCCGGGCCUGCUUCGCCGGAGCCCUCGCCCACGGGGAGGACGCGGAGGCGCGCCGGCUGCUCUCCAUGGCGUUACGGGCCGGGGGGGCCGGGGGGGCCCUCAGGGAGAGUCUGGCCCAGGCGGAGGCGGCCGUCCGCUGCGCCCCCACCGACGGGCGCUCCUGGUACGUGUUGGGCAACGCCUACGUGUCGCUCUUCUUCGCCGGGGGGCAGAGCCCCGACGCCGCCCGCCGCGCCCUGGGGGCCUACGCCCAGGCCGAGCGGGUGGAUCCGGAAGCGGCCAAUAAUCCCGACCUGCACCUCAACCGUGCCACCCUGCUGCAGUACCAGGAGCGUUUCGGGGCGGCGCUGGAGGGGCUGGGCCGGGCGGCGGCCUUGGCCCCCGGGUGGGAGGAGCCUCGCCGGCGCCACGCCCACCUCCUCGACUUCCUGGGACGGCUCUGCGCCCUGCUGGCCAAUCGGGGGAAGCUGCGGGGGAAGCGCCGCCGGGGGCUGGAGGGGCCCCUCCCCCCCUCCCUGCUGGGCCCUUUGGGGCGGGGCCUCCGCCCCUCCCCCCUCGCCGCCCUCCAGCCCGGCCCCAACCCCCAGCGGGUGCUGCUGGGGCGGGUCCUCUUCACCCUCACCCCCCCGGAGGGGGUCCCCUACGCGGUGGGCGUGGCCGACGGGGCGGGGUCAGCGGCGGCGCUGACCAUUUACAACGCGGCGCCGGGCUGGGGGGUGCUGGUGGGGGAUGGGCUGGCCGUGGCCGAACCCCGGCUCUGCCACCACCUGCACCAGUGGCAGGGGAAGACCUUCUCCUUCACGGGGAUCCGGGUGCCGUCGCCGCUGUCGCUGGUCGUCAAUGGGCGUCGCCCGCCGGGCCCCGCCCUCGCCCCCGCCCGCCUCGCCCUCGUCAACGACCCCGCCCCCGCCAGCGAAGCCCCGCCCCCUUAGCCCCGCCCCCGCCAGUGCUCCCAGUUCAAGGACUGGGAAGGGGGCGGGGCAAUAAAGGGCGGUGCUCGCUC